UUCUACAUAAUUUAUGUGACGACUAUUCCCCAUAGACUCGACUCACUGAACGUUUGGCAUCUAUGAGUAGCUAGCUAGCUAUGGGCAAUCAGAUCACAGCCACCGCUCCAGCCCAGAUACUUCCCUUAGAGAGCUACUUUAACGAGCUCCCAGAGUACACCAAGUCGACCAGUUUAGGGGGCACGAGGUUCUUCAAAGUGGCCAAGGCAAAGCACAGUGAUGGGUCUGAGGUGGUGAUCAAGGUGUUUGCUAAACACGACCUCCUACUGCAGUUGGCCCCCUACGAGAAGAAGCUACACGAUCAGCUGAUUCGACUUCAUGGAGUGUGCAAUGCCCUACCCUUUAAGAAGUUCCAUGAAACAGACAAGGCAGCCUAUCUUGUCAGACAGCAUCUCCAAUACAACCUCUAUGACAGACUAAGCACACGUCCGCUCCUCACUGUCAUGGAGAAGAAAUGGAUAGUGUUCCAGCUGCUUAAAGCUCUAGAUGAGUGCCGUGACAAAAAGAUCAGCCAUGGAGACAUCAAGACAGAGAAUGUUCUCCUCACAUCGUGGGGGUGGGUGCUCCUUACCGACUUUGCUAGCUUCAAGCCGACUUUAUUGCCAGACAACAAUCCAGCAGAUUUUUCUUUCUUUUUUGACACCUCUCGUCGGCGGACAUGCUACAUUGCUCCUGAGAGGUUCCAGCCAUUUCAGGAGCUGGCCACCACGGGGAGUCUCAGUGGGAGGUCUCAGGUCCUCACUCAUGGCAUGGACAUAUUCUCCUUGGGGUGUGUGAUAGGAGAGUUAUUCCUGGACGGCAAGCCGAUGUUCGAUCUGUCCCAGCUGCUCCGCUACAGCAGUGGAGAGAAGGAGUUCAGUGAAAACACUCUUAAGAGGAUCAGCGACAAGUUUAUCAGAAGGAUGGUCCUUCACAUGACCAAGUUGGACCCUGCCGAGAGAUUUACCGCACAAGAGUACCUCCAUGUUUAUAAGGGUGACGUGUUUCCCGAGUAUUUCUACUCCUUCCUUCAUGACUACUUUAAGCACUUCUGCAUCAACUCACAGCUCACCCCAGACCAGUGCAUCCAGAAAUUGUUUGGAGACAUUGAUGCCAUUCUGGCCAACCUCAUCUUGCACACCCACAAGCAAGACAGAGAGACAGGAUAUGGAGAUGCUCUGGUGAUAGUGUUGUCUGCCAUCACCUCUCACCUGCGUCUGGCCCAGUUCGUGGUUUCCAAGCUACAGGCCCUGGAAAUGAUCCGGAGCAUCUCUCACCACAUUCCCGACGAAGCCAUCUUGGAGAGGGUCAUCCCUUACCUGGUGUACAUUGUCAAGGACAAGUGGGCGAGUGUUCGAGCCACAGCUGUCACUGUGCUCUCGCAUUGCCUCAGUCUCAUUAGCCACCUGCCAAGAAGUGACUACAACCUAUUUCUGGAGUACGUGCUACCUAGCCUGAACUCAAUUCCAAGUGACCCAGAUGUAAUGGUGAGAGUGGCGUUUGCAGAAUGUGUUGCUGAGCUGGCCCUCACCGCACUCAGGUUUCUUGAGUUGGCUCAGGUGCAGGCUAAUCAGGACGAUGACAGUGCCAUCAUACAGUACCAGGUGCAGGGUAGCUAUGACAGCGAGCUGAUGCAGCUGCAAGAGUCCUUCCAGGGCAAGAUAGUCCACCUCCUUAGUGACGCAGACACCUCUGUGAAGAAGGCGUUCCUCAAGUACAGUGCUGGUAAACUGUGCACCUUCUUUGGUCCUCACAGAGCCAAAGAAGUCAUCCUCUCUCACAUGAUCACCUUCCUCAAUGACAAGACGGACUGGGAGUUGCACGGUGCUUUCUUUGAGUGCAUCGUUGACGUGGUAACCCACCUAAGGCAUCACAGCCUCUCCAUCCUUGAGCCACUACUCCAGCAGGGCCUUAGUGACUGUGAGGAGACGGUGGUGUGUAAGACAAUUGAAGCCAUGACAACGCUGUGUCGGGAGCAGGUGUUUGACAAGCCCACCCUCCUUGAGUACGUCUCCGGCCUCGCUCCAUUCCUCGUACACCCUAACAUCUGGCUACGAUACGGUGCUGUGGGGUUCAUGAUAGCCGUUGCCGGGCAACUCGACAGUGUGGAUGUGGAGUGCUACGUUUUGCCCAAGAUCCAUCCCUUCCUACGACUCCCAGUGAUACAGAUACAAGAGGUGUGCAUCCUACUGAGCGUGCUCAGAGAUCCUGUGCCGAGGGGCGUGUUCGACUACCUCCUCAAACAGCAGAACAUCAGAGAGAUUUUCGAGUGUUUGACGGGAAGACGAGUUACUCGUACCAUGACUCAUCGCGAUCAGGAACCAAACUACGUCACCAUCGGCGGGAAUCUCAUACCGACAUUCAAGAAGUUGCAGUCGCUGGGUUUGGAUGAGGAGCAGGAGGUCAACCUCAUUGCUCUGAAAGAUCACAUGCUCAAACAACAUCUGAGCAAGAAGCAGUUCCCAGAUCUAGAGUCUCGCUACACGAGUACGCGAGGGGUACUAGACACGAAGAAAUUUCCUGGAGCUGCACUGACCCCCAAGUAUCAGGACCUUGUUUACGAGAAUUCAUUGCCUCCACCACUAGUGUCCUCCGCCAAGAAGAAGACAGCUGCUAAGGGGACUACUACAGCUGCUGUGUUAUCCGACAAAGAUAGUGCUGUGAAUGAGGAAUGGGAUCGUAUCUUUGGAUCUCCGCCCAAGCCAUCGACCCCCUCCCCCGUCAAGAGUGAUGGGCGUGGCAGAGGGGGGAGCUCCCCUCGGAGUCCCAGGAAGAUCUCCAACCCUCUCUCGUCCAGCAGUGACACAACUAUUCUGCUUAACACAGCUGAACGAGAUGAGACUCGUUCUAUUGGUCCCCCAGAAAAAAGCAUGACAGCCAAGCCCAACACUCUCUCGCCUCUAUUGAAAGGAAAGCGAGGGCAUAAGAGGUCAAAGUCCGACGGAGCCAUUCACAAGCUGGACACUAAGACACCUGUGGAGAAGAAAGUGUCACGGUCCAGAGAAAUAUCACCUGACAGUAUCGAGAGCUCCAUUGUUAAAGUGGAGUAUGCCCGAUGCAAGGAGAACCUCACUGAACUGCUCAAGUUCAAACAACGACAGUAUGUGGAAGACAUGAGGGCCAUGGACAAUGACCUAGCAAAGAAUGCUAGCUUCCAGUCCACCCCAGGGUGGGUACCCAAGGGUCAGCUGAUUGCUCACAUCCACGAGCACAAGCACUCCAUCAACAGACUAAGUGUGAUGACCGACAGCACAAUGUUUGCCACUUUCUCCGACGAUGGCAGCACUAAACUAUGGGAUGUGGCGAAACUGGAGGGAAGGAACAUUGUGAACAAAGCCAAGCUCUCCUACAGUCAGCAAGGUGGAAAAAUCAAGGUUGGGAUAUUCUGUCAGAGCAAUAGGAGCAUAGCAGCUGCCUCCAGCAACGGCACUGUCCAUGUCUUCAAUCUUGAGAGUGUAAAGGUGGGAGGAGUGAUAAAGAGAAAGUUGACUCACGACAUGCAGCUGGACCCCGGUAACUAUGGACAUGUGGUUGAUAUGGCAACGUUCACAGCAGGGGGUCAGAACGUCCUCUGUCUGGCCACCAAUGCGGGCAAGCUGUGUGGAAUGGACUUGCGAACCAACAAACUGGCCUGGGAUCUAACGAACAACUCUAAAUAUGGAUUGACACUGUCUAUGGCCGUGGAUCCGUUUGAAAACUGGGUUGCCUUGGGAACUAGCCUGGGCUAUCAUGUGAUCUGGGACAUGCGUUUCCAGCUGCCCAUCAGUCAUUGGCAACACUCUGGACACGGCAAAGCACAUGUCCACCAUGUGUACCGUCUGAGUGCCCACCCCACCCAGCCGUCAUCCCUCGUGUCAGCUGUAAGCGGGAAUAACGAGGUGUCCGUAUGGGAUAUGGAGACGGCCACUCGACGACAAAUGCUGUGGGCCAGUCCGGCACAGCCCUUUGGGGAAAUGACAGAUAAUCCUCAGCAGCACGAGUGUGUGAGGGCUCUCUCUACCUGCCUCAUUGACAACUGCCCUGUAGUGGUCACUGGGGGAACGGACCGGACGGUACGGCUUUGGAAUCUGGUAGACCCCGCCCUCUGCUCCUGUGUCAUAUCACCACGGCUGCACUCAAAGAAAAUACAUUUUGACUACAAAUCAAGGAUAAUUGAGGGAGUGGAUGUAUUCAAAGAGGUGCUCAUCACAACUGCAGGCAAUCUCUCAUCGUCAACCACGUCUUCAAACCCCACCCACCAUACGAGUAAUGUCCUAUCAGAAUCCUCCUCUCAUAUGCACUCUCACGUAGACUUUAUCACUGACUUGGCCGUGGUGCCUUAUAAGAACCAACAGUUUAUUGUUAGCUCAUCUCAUGAUGGUGUCUUAAAAAUUUGGAAGUGAAAAGUGGAUAGCUUAUAAUUAUAGUAACACUUAGCACAGGUAUUUCAAUUGCUUUCUGUCGAUACUGUGUGUUUCAUUUUAGUCAAUUGCAAGUGCAUUGUUGUAUAAUUAAAACAGAGAAUUAUA